AACGGACUUUGACAGAGUGGAAGAUUAAAAAUACCAAAUGCGGCACAACACGGAGAACAGAAGCCGGAACACUCCAAAGAGGAAGAACAGAUGAUUCCCCAAUCGGUAUUUCCUGACGGUAAGAAUCAAAAUCUUCAAUUUGUGGCAACAUUAAGAACAACCUCCCAUUUUCGAAACCGCUGGUAGCAAGCCUAGAAGUGAAUUCUCUCUCAUUUUACACUUGAAAAGAUGGCCCUCUCCAUUUCCUUCUCGACGAACAUCCACUGCCCAUCUUCUCCGAUUUGCAGAUCAAUUUCCUCUCUCAAUCCAUGCGUCGGUGUUCUUUUUAACGCUAGGAGAGAUUACAAUCGUGGAUUUCCGCUAAUUGGAUCAUUGGACACCAAAUUGGCAAAAACCAGGGCUGCUUUGUCUGAAAUUUCUUACCGCAAGCAGUACCCAAAAGUGGGUGCCAAAUCCGUUGGACCCAUUCCACCUGCCCAGCUAAUUCAAGUCGUUGAGAAUGCUGCCAAGACUGGUGCCGAGGUGGUGAUGGAUGCUGUUAAUAAGCCUCGAAAUAUCGAAUAUAAAGGACUGACGGACUUAGUAACCGAAACAGAUAAAAUGAGUGAGGCUGCUAUUCUUGAAGUUGUUAGAAAGAAUUUUAAAGAUCACCUCAUCCUCGGAGAAGAGGGAGGGGUUAUAGGAGAUUCGUCAUCUGAUUAUCUUUGGUGCAUUGAUCCGUUAGAUGGAACAACAAAUUUUGCACACGGCUAUCCUUCCUUUGCGGUUUCUGUCGGAGUUUUAUUUCGGGGAAAUCCUGCUGCUGCAGCCGUGGUAGAGUUCGUUGGAGGCCCUAUGUGUUGGAACACUCGCAUAUUUACUGCAACUGCUGGUGGGGGAGCAUUCUGUAAUGGCCAAAAGAUUCACGUGAGUCAAACUAGCCAGGUGGAACGAUCUCUUCUAGUUACCGGAUUUGGAUAUGAACAUGACGAUCCAUGGUCUACAAAUAUGGAUUUAUUUAAAGAAUUCACAGAUGUCAGCAGGGGAGUGAGAAGGCUUGGUGCAGCAGCAGUCGACAUGAGCCAUGUAGCUCUAGGAAUUGUAGAAGCAUAUUGGGAGUAUCGCCUGAAGCCAUGGGAUAUGGCUGCAGGUGUUUUGUUAGUUGAAGAAGCGGGCGGAGCAGUGACUCGCAUGGAUGGUGAAAAGUUCAGUGUAUUUGAUAGAUCUGUUUUGGUUUCUAAUGGUAUCGUACAUGACAAGCUUUUGGAGAAAAUUGGUUCCGCAACAGAGAAACUAAAAGGCAAAGGAAUUGAUUUCUCAUUGUGGUAUAAGCCAGAGAACUACCAGACAGAUCUUUGAGCUGUGCCUCUCAAUAUGAGUAUCCAAGAAAUUGUUGCUUGAGUAUGGAUUGACAUAUGCUCACGCUGCUGAAAAUCAACGGAAAGGAAAGGAGGGGCCUAUAAUAAUAUAGCAACGUGUUUGUAUGUAACAUGCUGGAGGAGUAAUUUGUACUCGAGUGAUAUUCGACAUGCAUGAGGGUCCGUUUUAAGAAUCAUGGUUCAAUGAGAUGAUCCACAUUAUACUUCUAUACUUAUUAUGA